GUUGGAAGAAAUUAAGGAAAUUAGAUAAGAGUGGGUGUUGCAAAUCUUGAGGUAUAAUGUUUCCUUUGGAAGAUCUGAUGAUGGUCCAAAAACAACAACAAUCUCUCAUUCUUGAUCAUCAUCAUCAGGAACAAGAUCAGUUCCUGAUCAACGAAUAUCGCCAUACGAAGAAGAGAAAGAUUAGGGAAACAAUAACACCACCAACAUUAGAAGAAGAAAUGUUGGACAAGAUUAAUGACGAUGAUGAGAAGAGGAGAUCCGUGGCGGUGAUGAUGUCAUCAUCAAAAUCAAAAUCGAAAUCGAAAUCAAAUCCAAAUUCAAAUAAUAGUAAUGUGAAGAAAAUGAUGCACAGAGAGACAGAGAGGCAAAGGAGACAAGAAAUGUCUGCUCUUUAUGCUUCACUUCGAUCUCUUCUCCCUCUUCACUACAUCAAGGGCAAGCGAUCGGUCUCCGAUCACAUGCACGAGGCUGUGAAUUACAUAAAACACAUGGAAACGAGCAUCAAACAGCUCCGGCUCGAAAGGGAUCGGCUGAAGAAGAUGACGGCGUCAUCAAGCUCAGGCAGCUCCCGAUCAAACUCAACCACAUUCAAUAAUUCCCAGAAUCUUGUUUCGAUUAAUUGUUGCAGAGAUGGUGUGGAGAUUCUAAUCAGCUGUGCCAUUGAAGAGAAAUUAGGGUUUCCAAUUUCCAAAGUGCUGAUGGAAUUGCUCAAAACAGGAACAAAUGUUGUCAGCUUUGUUUCGAGUAAAUCCGACGACAGGAUGCUCUACAAAAUUCAAUCGGAUGUUUGUGAUCCCACAUAUGUUAAUCUGUCUGAUCUGCAGCAGAGGUUGGCAAAUGUGGUAAAUUAAAGUUUAGUGGUUGAGGUUCAUCUUAAGGAAAAAAUGUAAUCUUAUAUAUAUAGUGUAUGUAUGUGUGUGUGUGUGUGUGUGUGUGUUUAAUUAAUUAUUGAUUUUAUCAUGUAAUUUUAAUUAUCCUGUUGUAUUAUUUUA